AUGCCAUCUGAUGUUCAAAAAGUUGAUUCCAGAUCAACAAAUAAUACCAAUACAAGAUUAAGAUCAAAUUCUGCGUUAAAAAAUUGGAAAAAACAAUCAUAUAAACAAUAUCAACCUAAAUUCUUGAAUAGUUUAACCACCUCGGGAACAAAUGCAUUAUCAACAUCAUCUACCACAAAAGAUAUACCAUUACCAUCAAUUGAAUGUUUCGAAUUACAAUACAUCCUAAAUAAUGUUCUAACAAAUGAAUCACAACAAGUUAUAAAUGAUUUAUUAAAAGUUACAACAAAUUAUCAAAACGAUUUAAGAAAUGAAAUUAAAAAAAAUUUAUCAAUAGAACAAAAAAUUCAAUUUAAAAAUAUAAGUAUAUGUAAAAAUAUUCAUCAAGUUAAUCAAAUUAUUCAUCAACGUAAAAAAAAAUUGAAGAAAGUUGUUGUAGGUAAUUCAAAGUUUAAUUAUUUGUUAGGUGAUGGCUCUCAUCAAGAUGAAAAUGAUAUUAAUCAAUUGUUAAUAAAAAGUGUUGAAAUUAGUGAUCGAGUUAAAAGUACUACAAAAAAUCUACGAGCUUUGGAGUUGAAGGUAAGCAAUGGGGAAAGUUUUAUUAACAAUGAGAAGUAUCCAAACUUAUUCAGAUUAUUUAAUAAAGAGAAACCGAAGGAAGAACCACCAACUUCGUACCAGGAUAUACUACCACAAAAGCUAACAACACCUACUGUCAGCAACAAGCAAUUUCCAGAUGAUGAGGAUGAUCAACCACCAUCAAUUGAUUUACUGCCCAAAAAUAGCAUUUGUUCACUGGAAGAAACUCAAAAAUCAACAUCAACAGAAGUGGAAGAAGAAGAGGCUUUCAAAAAUAAUAUUUCAUUAAUUACAAUAACAAAACCUUUACCAGCACAAUCAACAAGUCCCCAAUCAAAUGCAACUAUUGAGUUUGAUGGAGAUAUAGAACCACUGGAAUUUGAAAAUUUUAUGUCAUCAAGCAUAGCCAAGUAUAGGACACUACAAAAACAAAAACAAGCGUCAAAACAAAUUCUAGCAUUUGAAAAUGAUAAUGAUAGGAAUGGAGAAAUAGAUAAUGAUGAUGAAUUCAUCAAUGCAAAUAAUAUAAUAGAAUUCCCUUCGAACUCGAUAAUCCAUAAUAAUCCAUUAAACUUACUAUAUUCUCAAUUGAUUUCAAAUCCAAAAUAUCAAUCUCAAGAACUGGAACUAAGUACACCACCAAGAAAAAAUAAUUAUCCAUUUGCAUCAAUAUUGAGUAUAAAAUCAUCGGCCACUAUUAAAUCCACUGAUCAAAUAUCACACUUCAAGAAAUUGAGGAUUAAUGGAAGUCCAUUAAAUACUGAACAUUAUAGAAAAAAAUUGGAAAAGGAAAAUAAUCAUACCAAAAAAAUUGAUGAUGCUGUGUUGGCUGAAACCUUAUUAGAAACUUUGGUGGUUGAUGCAGAAAAUCAACAAAAAGAACAAGAUAAUAUAGGUAAUAAUGAAGAUGAUGAAUUGUGGAACUCUUCUGGCUUGACGAGUGAGGAAGAAAAUGAAGAAGAAACUAACAUAAUAUUAAUGAAUAAUGAAUCUCAAGAAUUAAAUGACUUAAAUUCGAAUUUUUCAUCAACUUCAGAUUCAGACUCAGAUUCAGAAUCUGACUACACCAAAACAAAUGAAAUUAACCCUAGAAAUUUAACAAAUAUACAAUUCACAAAUCAGUACUACAACAAUUUACAAAAGGAUUUCAAACAAAAACAGCAACAACAACAACAACAAAAACAAAAACAGAAAAGAAAACUAAAAAAUAGUAAAGAACUUUCACCAAUAAAAAUCUCAUCACUUCAUAUAAAAGAAUUAUCACCAACUCCAAAACAUAAACCAUCACAUCACAUCCUAAAACCCAAGCGAUCAAUCCUAAAAACUCAACCACAACAACAAUUUCCUAAAAAAUCAAUCAAAAUAAUUACUAGUGCACAAACAAGUAAUAAAUCAUCUAGAUCUUCAAGUUUUGAUAAAAAAUUACAUCCUGAAGAUAUUAGUGCAUUAUCUGAAUUAAAUUCAAAUUAUAGUUCUAAAAUAGGAAAUAUUAUCAACAAGUGUAAUGUUAAUGGAACUAUUGUCACUAAACGAAGAAAAUCAAAUGAAAUUGAUGAAGAAGUUGAAGUAAGUGGUAGUGAUGAUGAAAAUGAUCAAGAAUCGAUUUUAAUUUUGAAAAAUUAUGUUAAAUAG